CAGUUUGUAAAGGACACCAGAGUUUUGUUUUGUACACGGUCAAUUCCUGUGAACUUUAGAGAUUCAUCAGCCAAGAAGCAGAAGUCAGUGAGUUCCUAACUGACAGCUCUUCAGGAAAUCUACACAAUAGGUCCUAUUUCAUGUUCCUGCUGUUAAAUAUCGAAGUUGGCAGCACCAAAGCUGAGAGCUGCGACAAAGGAUUACAUCUAAGGAUUCUCUCGCACAGUGAAGAUGGUAUCUCAAAUUGGCAUGAUCUGUACAUCCACGCAGUGGUCACAAUUAAAAGGCAAUGUAUUCAGAUUGUUAGCACUAGUUCUGGUGAUCUAUGAAAUUCAGAUGUUAGAAGGAGUACAUGGCUGGGUAUACCAUUAUUCCAAUAAAACCAUGAAAUGGGAUGCUGCGUGGAGAUAUUGUAGAGAACGAUACACUGAUAUGGUCGCGAUACAGAAUAUGGAGGAAAACAAGUACCUGGCUGACUAUUUGCCACAAGGAAAAGCACAUGUCUGGAUUGGUUUGAGGAAGAGAAACGACGUCUGGACCUGGAUUGGAACAAAUCGGACUUUGGAAAGUUUUGCUAUGAACUGGGCUCCUAAUGAACCUAACAAUAAAAAGAAUACAGAAGAUUGUGUGGAAAUGUAUAUAAACAGAGCUGACAAUGCUGGAAAAUGGAAUGAUGAACCCUGCCUUCGAAAGAAAAGGCCACUCUGUUACCAAGCUUCGUGCACUCCUAAUGCUUGCAGUGGUCAUGGAGAAUGUGUGGAAACUAUUGGUUAUUUUAAGUGUAAGUGCAAUGAAGGCUUCUAUGGAGACAAGUGUGAAAAUGUAAUUAAGUGUAUGGACCUGAAGGCACCAGAUCGAAGCUCUAUGAAAUGUUCCCAUCCUCAUGGAGAAUUCAGUUAUGACUCAAUAUGCAACUUUACUUGUGUAGAAGGAUAUGAAAUACGUGCAACACAGAGGCUUCAAUGUAUAGCUUCAGCAGUUUGGACUGCACCUGUUCCAGAGUGCAAAGCGAAGCAAUGCAGAUGGUUGGAGGUUCCUCGUAAAGAUGGUAUGAACUGCUCCCAUCCACUUGGAUAUUUCAGUUACAAUUCAACCUGCACCUUUAGCUGUAGAGAAGGCUAUGUGCUGAAUGGAUUAGACAGACUCCAAUGUCUAGCUUCUGGUCAAUGGUCAGGGCCGACCCCCGCCUGCAAAGUCCAAGUAUGUGAAAUCUUAACAGCCCCUGACGAUGGCAAUAUGAGUUGCGUCCACCCCAUUGCAAGCUUCCAUUAUAACUCAACAUGUGACUUUAUCUGUAACAAAGGAUUUGUAUUAAGUGGACGGAGCAGGAUCCAGUGUAGAGUUUCUGGACAGUGGACAGCACAAAAGCCAACAUGUGAAGCUGUGAAAUGCGGUGAACUGAAGACACCUCAGAACCUCCUCAUGAACUGUUCUAACCCCUUUGGACCGUUUAGUUACAGCUCAGGAUGUGAUUUUGGCUGUGCGACUGGAUUUAUCUUACAGGGAUCAGACAGUCUGCAGUGUGAAGAUUCUGGGCAAUGGACAGCAGAGAUGCCUACUUGCAAAGCUGUUCCCUGUAAUUUACUGAAGAUUCCUAAACGAGGUACUAUGAACUGCAAAAGCCCCAAUGAAGACUUCAGUUAUGGCUCUACAUGUGUCUUCAACUGCACUGAGGGGUUUGCACUGCAGGGACCAGGCAAUCUUCAGUGUCAAGCCUCUGGGCUAUGGACAGCCCAGGUCCCCAGCUGUGAAGCUGUAAACUGCACAAGUCUGGAGAAUCCUGAGAGAGGGACCAUGAAUUGCUCUCAUCCCUUUGGACUCUUUAGUUACAAUGCUACAUGUGACUUCAGCUGUGAAGAGGGGUUUACAGUAAAUGGAUCAGAGAGUGUUCAGUGUGGAGCUUCUGGACAUUGGACAACACAGACCCCAUCCUGCAAAGUUUCAAAAUGCGAGUUACUGACACAGCCUGAAUAUGGUGUGAUGAACUGUUCCCAUCCCAUUGGGAAAUUUGGCUACAUGUCAACAUGUGAGUUUUGGUGUUCUGAAGGAUUUCUGUUAUCUGGAACAAACUGGCUCGAAUGUGAUGUAUUUGGACAUUGGACAGCAAAGACUCCAAGAUGCAAAGCCAUGAAGUGCGACAUGCUGAAGAGUCCAGACAGAGGAACUUAUAACUGCUCCCAUCCAAUUGGAGACUUCAGUUACAGAUCAUUGUGUGACUUCUCCUGCACUGAAGGAUUUACAUUGAUAGGGUCAGAGAGACUGGAGUGUGGAGCUUCUGGACAAUGGACAGCACAGAUUCCCACAUGUAAAGCUAUAAACUGUCAGACACUGUCUCAUCUUGAACAAGGGACAAUAAGCUGUUCUCAUCCCAUUGAAGAAUUUGGUUACAAGUCAACGUGUGAUUUUGACUGUAUUGAAGGAUUUGUGCUCAAUGGGCCAGACAGGCUCCAGUGUCAGGCCAGUGGACAAUGGACGGCUGACAUUCCUGGAUGUAAAGCUGUAACCUGUCAGACACUGACACAGCCUGACCGAGGAACAAUGAGAUGCUCUCAUCCCAUCGGAGACUUUAGUUACAAUUCAACAUGUGAUUUUAACUGUGAUGAAGGGUUUGUACUGGAUGGGUCAGGUAGACUUCAGUGUCAAGCUAGUAGACAGUGGACAGCACAUACUCCCAACUGCAAAGCUGUAACCUGCCAGACACUGACACUGCCUGAUCAAGGAGCAAUGAACUGCUCCGAUCCCAUUGGAAAUUUUAGUUAUAACUCAACGUGCGAUUUUAGCUGCAAGGGGGGAUUUGUACUGCAUGGGUCAAAAAGGAUUCAGUGUCAAGCCAGUAAAGAGUGGACAGCAGAGAUCCCUAACUGUAAAGCUGUAAGAUGUAACAUACCAAAGAGUCUGAAGCAUGGUACCAUGAGCUGCUCCCAUCCUAUUGGAGAGUUCAGCUACCAAUCAGUGUGUGACCUUAGCUGCAUGAAGGGGUUCAACUUGAAUGGAAGGAACCGGUUUGAAUGUACAGCCUUAGGGCAGUGGACAAAUGAGAUGCCAAGUUGUGAAGUGGUGAAGUGUCAGGAACUGAAUAUUGAUCACCCGACAAUCAUGAACUGUUCAUAUCAUCUCGAGAAUUUCAGCUACGGCUCAAUAUGUGAUUUUAACUGUGUCGAAGGCUUUAAAUUGGAAGGAUCUGAGAGACUCCAGUGCAAUGAAUCUGGACAAUGGACAGAUGAGGUUCCCUAUUGUAACGAGCUUUUCGGGCUACCCCCUUCAGCAAGUCCCCUGAUUUCUGUCAGUGUAGUUGCAGCAGUUGCUGUCCUUGCUGGUAUCCUCGCUAUGAUUGCCACAUUGAUUAGAAGAAAGCUGAAAACAAAAGAAUAUGAUACAACAAAGCUCAACUCUGACAGUACUGAAGGCUUAGAAGGUAUGUUUGAGAAUCCAAUGUUCGACAAUUCUCCUGAAGGAUCCAUUGAAUAGGACACAUGCCAUCGGUACAAAUACACAACGGCAAAAAGAGGUCUGACAAAUGAAUGGUGUUAUUCCAAGUCGAGCAUGCUUCCUUCAUUGCCUCCCAAGGAUUUUACUGUCUUCUUCAACAUUAAAGCCUCAAUGAGACAAUUUCCUCCAUCAGUUCUGUCAAACAACUGUGGAUAACCGGUUACUUUUCCAUCAAUCUGUCUAAUUUAAGAUUAAGACCAAAAAUGCAAUAUCUUCGCAUUCUGUUAGACCCUGAGUUCUGCUUUCUCCCUUACACCUGACCACUUUCUUUCACUUCUGUAACACUGCCUAAAUCUCCUUCAUUUCUGUUGAAAUCUUAAUCUGAUACACCAAUUAUUCCUGAACCACCUUUUAUCGUUCAGCUACAAUUUAUUACUAGAGUGUUGCCCACAGUAGCCCACAUCCUCAUUUCCUCUUUCUUUGUUAAGAUCCACUGGGUAUUUUGUUCGCGGGAGUCAAUUUAAUCACAUUUCUCCUCUGCGAAAAUGUCCCUCCUUACUUCCAGUUACUUCCUCUGUGUAUGUCCCACUAUCACUGGACUAUUUCCCAUUGCUAACUUCCUCUGUUUGAACAUAUUCUUCAGCAGUCGUGUCCAUGUCCCCUGCAACUCUGUACUUCAGCAUCUCCACUGUCGCUUCUCUCUAUCAUCAAGACAGAGUUAUUUAUGCAGUUCUUUGAUCUUGGAUUUGCAGGCCUUAUCCCUCCCACAGAUUGUGUAAUCUAUAUGGUGGACUGAAGUGCCUCUAAGCAAAGGGCAUUUUAAAAAUGAAUGUUACUGAUUUCUGCAUAUUUCAACAGUUAACCAAACGAUCUAGUUACAUUGCCUUAGCUAUUACUUCACUUGAGAGAUUUUUGUUUUAGUAGAGUCAAAGGAGUUGAACUACUGUCAUAGAAUCCAUAGUUUCAUGCUUCCUGAACAAAGCACACAUUAAGAUGUUUACUGUAAAUGCAACAAAUAGUAUAAUCUUGUUAUUCUAUUGAUCAAUAACAGUCAAUUAAUGGUGCAUUUAAGGACCCAUUGCCAUUCUAAAAAAACCAGUCAGGCAACCAAUCCUUUCUCUUUUCAUGACUUUUUCUAUCAAUAAACUUCAAUGUAAGCAGACAUUCCACUGCACAACACUUACAAUAUUACAAAGUACAGCUCAAAAAAAGUAUCAUUAUUAGCUGACCAAAGCAAUUGAUGCAGGCAAGAGUUCAAUAAAAUGCUCGGCAAGAUUCAGAUAAUGUUCCAGCUACACAUUCAGUUACAACCAAAGCCCUUCAUUAUGUCAACACCUAGUAUUUGAUAAAUCAAUGAUGUUAGAAUAGGCAAUUAUUUCAAGUUUAGUUUAGUAAAUAACAUGUUUUGAUUAUUUGCAACACACACUGAUAGAAGUAUACUUGAGCCAAAAUCUAUAUUGACCACUGGAGCUGUUGUGUGCAUUUAUGUGAAGGAAUGUAACAUGCAGUGAUAAUUUUGUGACAUAAUCAGUCAUUGUAACACUGGAUGUUUGACAAAAGCAGCCAGCUGGCCCAUACAGUAAGAGUUUAAUUAUCACUGGUGUCAUUUCAGAGGCAGUAUAGUGGACAUCCGGGCCUGAUAACAAACCAGUGAUCUAAUGAGGGGCUUGUGAUAGUUUGCAUUCAGAUGUCAUUAUAAGACAACACAUCGUAUUUAAUUCACAUUGUAGCUUAAUUGAUAAGCAUAUUGUCACUUGUUUGAAGAAUAUGU